AUGCAGCUCUCAUCCAUCCUCCUCUCCGUUGGCCUCAUGGCCGCCGGUGCCAACGCCAAACUCCACAACGCCGGUGUCUGCGUGACAAACAGACAAGAAAUGCCCGUCGGCGGCACUGGCUGGAGUGUGAGCUACACCUGGAGCAAGAAGUACGAGAUCUUGCCCGAGGCGACCAAGUGCGCAUGCAACUACUACAAGAACCGCAACACCGGAAACAAGCAAUGGGAUAAGUGCCCCGACUGCACCUUUGACGGCUUCCAGUGCAACUCUGCUGGCUGGCAUAUUGGAGGCGAUGAGCUGAACUACUACUGCAGCAAGAAGUGCGGCGCUCAGGGCUCCGAAGCCAACUAA